AUGUCUUCCAACGGCAAGCCCACCCCGCAGCCCCCGGCGGCGGCAGCGGCUGGCAACGGCGCCGGCGGCCCGCCCAAGAUGUACCAGCGGCCCAUCUACCGGCCGCAGCAGGCGGCCGCGAAGCGCCGGCGCGGCGGGCGGUCCUGCCCGUUCAGCUGCUGCUGCUGCUUCUUCUGGACGGUGCUCGUCAUCCUCCUCCUCGCCUUCCUGGCCGCCGUGGUGGGCGGCGCCUUCUACCUCCUGUACCGCCCUCACCGCCCCGCCUUCACGCUGACCGUGGCGCGCGUGACGAAGCUGAGCCUGUCGUCGUCCGCCACGGCGCCCGCGCUGAGCGACGCCAUCGACGUGACGCUGACGGCCAAGAACCCCAACAAGAAGCUCGUCUACCUCUACGACGACUUCACCGUGACGGCCGCCACGGCCGCCAACGCCGUCCCGCUCGGCGAGGCGACCGUGCCCGGGUUCACGGCCGACGCCGGCAACAUCACCGUCAUCAAGGCCACCGUCUCGGCGUCCGCGCUCACGGUCGACCCCACCGCGGCGGCCUCCGACAUCAAGAAGUCCGGCGAGUUCCCCAUCACCCUGGACCUGGAGACCAAGGCCGGCGUCAGGGUGGGCGGGCUCAAGACCAAGAAGAUCGGCAUCCAGGUGCACUGCGACGGCAUCAAGGUGGCCGCGCCCGCGGCGCCGGCCGCCAAGAAGAAGAAGCUAGGGAAGGCCGCGGCGGCCGACGCUCCGGCCCCCGCGGCGGCCGUCGACGACGCGGCGCCGCCCGCCGCCCCGCCGCGGCGACCACCGUCGCGCGCGUGUGCGAGGUCAGGAUCCGGGUCAAGAUCUGGAAGUGGACCUUCUAGUCACGUCGCCAGCCUCCGAGGGGCCGCAUUGCAAAACAAUUUCAGGUAA